AUGACACCUUUAUACUCAUUUAACUUUGAAUCAAACAAGACCAUACAUGCUAAGAAGACUCCUCUUCUCCAAGGCAUUUGCCAGAUUCCCAGGUGGCUUUUACUUACUUUCUUUUUCUGGAGCCUUUCAGAUGGAGGGAAGGUUUUGGUAAUCCCCUUGGAUAACAGUCACUGGCUCAGUAUGCGUCUGGUUGUGGAACGUCUUCACCAGAAAGGACAUGAAAUUGUAGUGGUUGCCCCUGAUGUAAGCUUGAGGAUUAAGCCAUCUAAACAUUACACACUGAAAACAUUUGCUUUGUCCUACACAGAAGAAUACCUGAAAGAAGAAGUCCAAAAGUUUGGCCAGAUUGCUUUUUCAGAGCAGCCUUUCCUGGCAAAAAUUAGUAGAUCAAAAACAAGAAAUGUUUCCACACUUUUCUUAAACACCUGCAAGGAACUGUUGUACAACAAAGAGUUUAUGGCUUACCUGGAAGAAAACCAGUUUGAAGUUGCAUUUAUGGUUCCGGUGCCACCGUGUGGACAGAUAUUAGCUGAGCAUUUAUCCCUCCCUUCUGUUUACUACUCAGGAUGGUUGCCCUGCGGUUUAGAGGCAACUCGGUGUCCAGAUCCAGCUUCUUAUGUCCCAAAAUUCUUCACAGGCAACACAGAUCAGAUGGACUUCAGUCAGCGAGUGAAGAACUUUCUCGUCAGCUCUUUGCAGUUCCUGAUUUGUUCUCUUCUUUAUUCCCCAUUCAAUGAUCUCAGCACAGAGUUCCUGAAGCGAGAGAUGACAGUAUCUGAGUUAUACAGCCAUGCAUCUGUUUGGCUUCUGCGCUUUGACUUUGCAUUUGAGUAUCCCAGGCCUCUCAUGCCCAACAUGGUCCUGAUUGGAGGUAUAACCUGUGAAAAACAGAGUCCGUUGAGUGAGAGGGACUCGCAGCACAGAUCUUCACCAAUCCUCCUGACUAACGAGGAAAAAGCCAGCAAUGUGCCUGUUCGAACUGCUUGCGUCGUCUCCCUAACUGAUUCAAUGGACUUCGAUGUCUUCCAGCCUGGACAACACACGGCCCAACUCGCUAUGUUGGUGCCGGAGCCCACUGAGAGCAAGACAAACUCUCAUGGCUCUUCCCUUUCCGACGCCGACCGCUCUGACCUACGAGCAUUCUCGGCAUCGAAGUCGGAGUCCUCGUUACCUUUCAGCAACUGCUGUGGGGAGGACAAGGGAUUUGAGGUGGAAGCAGGCAUGGCAAACAUGACUUCUAUCGUCAUACGCCACUUGCCCACUGAAGGAUCGGCAUCGGAAGGAUCAGCGUCGGAAUCGGCAAUCGCUUCUGUCUGA